AAAUCAUACCAACUUUUCAAUGGCUAAUGUGCAACAGGGGAUAUAUAUGACUUCUUUUUCUCCUUUGCAUUGAAUAUAUGUACAAAUGAUACCAGCCUUGUGUGCUCAUAAAUCAUGACGGACAACCCGCGCCUCUAUAUACCCGCCGCUUUCCUUACGGGUGCGCUUCUCGCCUUAGGGAUCAGAGAUGUAUAUCCCUAUCUUGAGCGCCACUACCAGCAACAGAGGCGAAAAGGUCGCGAAAAUACACAGAAUGAACAGCAUGGGUUUGAAGGUAUAGAAAUCAAAAAUGGUGACAUGACUGGUGACAUGAGCCGUGGCCUACGGUGCAACCCUAAACCUCCUCCGAUUGUCGAUGGGAUUGAAGGUUGUAUUGGAAAUACACCACUAUUUAGGAUAAAAUCUCUCUCCGAAGCUACGGGAUGUGAGAUUCUUGCAAAGGCUGAGUUUCUCAAUGGCGCCGGAGGAAGUCCUAAAGAUCGAGUGGCACUGAGUAUUAUACAGACGGCAGAAGAGAACGGUCUGCUCCAUCCUUACUCUGGAGACGCCAUCUACGAAGGCACUGUGGGAUCUACGGGCAUUUCACUCGCUACGCUAGCCAGAGCCAGGGGUUACUUAGCACAUAUAUGCAUGCCGUCCGACCAAUCCACAGAGAAGUCGAAUCUCCUGCUCAAACUAGGUGCCAUAGUAGACCGUGUACCGCCAGCCCCAAUUGUAGAAACAGGACAUUUCGUAAACAGAGCGCGUGCGCUCGCAAAAUCUCACUCUCCGUCCCCAGAAUCAUCUCUAACACGCACUUCGUCGACUCCUAGCCAUCAUCGUCAUCAAACGCAUGAAAUAACCGAAACGCCAGAUGAAGAUUUGCUGGCGUCGCGAGCUGCUGGGAAACAAGGUCGAGGCUUCUUCGCCGACCAAUUUGAAAACCCCGCUAAUUGGCAGGCCCACUAUCGAACGACUGGUCCAGAGAUUUUCGCCCAGUGCGAGGGCAAAUUAGAUGCAUUCGUUGCUGGUGCGGGCACCGGCGGCACUAUAUCAGGCGUCGCACUCUUCCUUAAACCUCGUCUUCCCAAUAUGUCUGUCGUGCUGGCGGAUCCGCAAGGAAGCGGGCUCUUUAACCGCGUCCGUUAUGGGGUUAUGUUUGACGUGAAAGAGCGCGAGGGAACGCGGAGGAGGAGACAGGUGGACACUAUUGUUGAAGGUAUCGGCAUUAACCGUGUUACCGUAAACUUUGAGGCUGGGAGGGAGUUGGUCGAUGAUGCUGUUAGGGUCACGGACGCCCAGGCUAUUGCGAUGGCGAGGUGGUUGGUGGAGAAGGACGGUAUUUUUAUCGGAAGUAGCAGCGCGGUUAAUUGCUUCGCAGCAGUUAAGACAGCUUUGAAGCUCGGACCCGGGCAUAGGAUCGUGACCAUACUUUGCGAUUCAGGGACACGGCAUUUAUCGAAGUUCUGGGAAAAAGCUGGCAAUGUGGGGAGUGCUGUUGACACUAAACUUGAAGACGUCCUCAAUGCAAAGGGGGACGAAUAAUAGCUGGUAUAUAUGUAUAAAAUAAAUAUUCCAGAAUGGUUCGAUCAUAUAUAGAGGGUAUUUUUCCUUUUCUUCUCAAAUCCACUAUCUGGAUCAAGUUGAGCCGGACCGAUCAACCCAGGGCGAGUUCUUAACCAUCGGAAAGCUCUGUCUCUUCUGCGGAUUGCGAGGCUUGGGGGGUGUGUCGAUUUGGAUCGCCGACAAGCCUGAUCCCGGCCAAGCUGAAGCAAAAGCCUGUGAGAAAGGAUCAUCACUGUCUGAACUUUCAUCAACUAGUUUUGGUGGUUCGGUAGGAAAAACGGACCGCUUCCGCGGUGUCCGUGAAGGUGUGGUUAUUUGAACAGUCUCUGAAAGCUUCGUUGGUGAGGGUGAUUUUGCGGUUAGCCGUCUUUUGGGUAGUUUGGGCGGUGUCAUGAAAUCUCCGUCUUGACGCUGAGCAUGUAAAUAAUGGGAGUUUUUCCAGUCCUCCCACAUUUCCCCGAGGCACAUCUCAGCCCAUUUACACUUUAUCUCAUUUCUCGUUUGAUUUUCCAAUACGGCUUCCAAGUCUUCCCAUGUUACAUCAGAUUUUGACUUGAAAGCCUCGAGUUGAUCCUUCUCUUUAGCCGUUAAAGGUAUCAGUGAUUGUGGGCAGUUUUUGAUAUCAGUAGACUGGACAUAGUACCACUGUCUCAACUGACCGGAGGUCCUGUUGGGUACGGAUCGGGACACCUCUUUCCAUGGGAGCUUCUGAACUACUCUUUGAGUUAAGAUUAUUUGUAUUUCACUGGGUGUGAAAGGGUUGAUUGCGGCGCUCAGUUUCGUUUCCUGUUGGGAUAUGGCUCUAUGUGUCAUUGACUGGGACUCUUCUAAAGGUAUACCACCAUCUGGGGCAGCCAGUAUCUCAUUCUCUAUAGCACCAUUCUCUUGCAGUAACGGUGAUUCCACAGAUACUUUCCGGUUGCGUUUGGCGGGGGUCGGGGUUGAUGUUUCUGGAGUCCCUUUCUCUGGCUGCUGAUCAUUUUUCUCUUCCGCGCUUAGGACAUGCUCUGACAAUGGAGGGGAAGGCUCAACGGGAGCCAUAGGUUCUUCCGCGAUUGGCGAUGGCGUGUCAAUGACAUUCUUAGCUUCAUCAGUGAUAUUAAUUUUGGGUGGUGUGGAAAGUGAAGGUAAGGUGUUUUGCAAAGGGUCAUCCGAAUCCGAAUCCGAAACACGUCCAGAGCUUCCGGGCCUUGACGGUAAUCGUACUUUUAGCGCUCUGUGAGGUUUAC